GGAACCAUUUAGUUAGUUUAGUUCUGAAAAUCACACUGAAAAUAGUCGCAUUCAUUUUUCUAUUUGUCCAUUAUUAGAUUCAAUAUACAUAUUUUUUUUUUUUGUUUAGUUUUUAUGUUUCGACAACACCAAAUAGAAUUAGAAUAAUUUGACCAAAAUAACCGAAAAAAGCGACUGAAGUAAAUCGAUACUAGAGUUAAGAGAAAAUUUUGCAUUUUUUUUUUUGGCCAUCAAACGCCAAAAAAUAGCACCAUUACACGGACACUGGAAUCAAACCAAAUGUGAUCGAAUUUGUGCGGUUUUUUUCGUUCAUUUUUUUUUUCAUUUUUCUUUUCAUUUUUUGUGUUGAGUCAAAAUCAAUUGUUUGUCGUUUGUGAAUUUUGUCUAAAAGACCGUGCGAAAUAGAACAAGACAAAACGAAUAUCGGGACAUAACAUUUGAAUAAGUUUUUUUUCUCUUGCGUCGCAGAGACGCGGUUAUUUAAAGAGAAAUACGGAAAGAGAGAGAGAGAGAGAGAGAGAGAUUCUUCGAAGUGAAUGCAACUACGACAACGACAAUAACAACAACAGAGAAGGAAACAAACUUUAAAAAUAAACUUUUCCAUGCUGCAACAGCAUCGCGCUUCAUCAAAUAUCGGAUCGCAUAAACUUUGCAUCAACGUAGUUGAAUGUCACCCGAAAAAAUUCGACCGUAUUGAAAAGUUACCGCAAAAUAAUUAAAGCAAAAAACAAAACAAAACAAAAACGAACGGAAAAACGGGAUCGUUACUUUGUCCAAAUUGCAAUUUCGGCGUCCACGAGAAUAUUCAUUUAGGUAGUUUGGAGACGAGAUGCUGCAUCAAUCAAGUGCGCAUCACAACAUCAGCUGCUGUUAGAACGGGUGAAUUAUCGCAGAACGACACAAGACGGGAAAAUCCAUCGACGACAUAACAUCCACCGUAGCCCACGUGUAGGCAUUAUGGUACUGAAUGGAAAAGAAAAUUUACAUCCAAAUUCAUCGCAACAAAAUGAGCUUACAAACAUUGAUACGAAUGCCAUAAAACCAUUGGGAAGUUUACUUGAACAAUCGACAACGUCGAUAAUAGGCGCACAGCGACCGUUACUUUUCUCCGAAAUUGUUUUUAGUGAUGUUAAUGGAAAACAAUUUGGAAUAUCCUGCACGAAUUCAUUUACAAAUUCAACAAAUACUUUAACUAAUUCUCUUCAAUUCCAAACGCAACACAAUAUGAACGGCAUAUUUAAUCCUGGUUUCAGUGCACCUGCACCGAAUAUGUUCGGUCCGAUUGGUUCACAAUUGUCAACGAUAUCGAAUUCAUCGUCACCAACGAGUACAAAUAGCGGUGAUCCACAUAUGGAGUCAAUCAUGUGGCUUGGAGCCGUUGGAACGUCACUGGCAUCAAAUUGUUCGCCAGUCAAUGAUUUCGCUUCAAGCAUUCAAUUCAACAGCGAUGGCCCGUUCUUCAGCAAUAGCAACGUAUGCGGUAGCUGUGAACGACUUACACCCGAAAAUCAUUGCUACGAUUGUAGCGACAGUUUGUGCAAUCGUUGUGUUGUACUGCACAUGCGUAAUUUUUCAAAUAAAAACCAUACGGUACAAAAGAUUAACAACAUUUCACCGCCAAAUGCAAUGAGCCGCAUGCCACGGUUCCCAUCGCCACGACGCGUUGACGUCGACAAUCAAUGUGAUAUCCACUAUGAAGUGCUGCGAUACGUGUGCGAAUCGUGUAAAAUUAUCAUUUGCCAGGAGUGUUCGUUGCGCGAUCACAAGGAACACCACUGUACAUUUAUCGAUACAUAUGUGGAAAACCCGUUAAAAACCAUUCAAGAUCUGAUGGAUGUGGCCAGCGCGGCCAAGGGUCAAAUCAAGAAAAGCAUCGAUCGUGUGAUGAGAUUCAAUCAUUAUUUGGAUCGGGAUGUGCAUGACAUUAAUCAGCGUAGUCGAAAGAGUGGUGUUCGGGCGACAAAUGGAACCAUCAACAGUGCCAUCAGCAAUGCAAUUCUUCGGUGCGAAGAAAAAGAUCAUGUUUUUGCUGAACUUCUCGAGAAAUUUCGGCUGCAAAAAGGCGCCAUUUACAUGGAUCAAUCGAGCAGCCUUCGUGCCGCACUGGCUGGAAUUGCCACUGUUACCGAUGAUCUGAAAAAGAUCCGUAAAACACUGCACGAAUACACGCCAUUCAAUUUGGCCAAAGCACUCAUCGAUGCCGACAAUAAAAUCGAUCAUUUCAUGAAACAAACCAAUAAAUUGAUUCCAGCACCGGUGAAUGUUCAACAGUUCCUUAUCUCAUUGGAGCGACGCAACGAACAACAACAACAACAACAGCAACAGCAAAUCGUGCCCGAUUUACAGCAUUUGGUACAAAACACCGCCAGCCUAUUGCAUCCGGAUAUUGCUGCUCUGGUUGCCAGCACCAGUCAAUUAAGCCUCAUGUCGAAUAACAAUGCUGGAAAACCAGCACGUCGCCCGAUUGUCCGCUCAAAUCGCACCAUGCAUUCAAAUAACAAUCCGCAAAUUCUGUUGCCACCGAAUUUGCCGAAUUUGGGCCAACAACCAUCCACAUCGGCUCUGUCUGCCUGGACCAAUGGGCCAACGUUAUCGAUGAACAUGCCAAUGACCAACAAUGAUUUGUUUCGAAUGCAAAACAAUGACCUGUUCCCGAGCUUUAACGCUUUCAAUACAUCACCACCGCAAUACGCUACGAACAUUUACAAUUUCAACGAUGAACCGCCAGCGUUUGGUCAAUGCAUUUUCAAUUUGGAAGGUUCAGUCAUUGCCAUACGCCGUAAUGAACCAUCACUUUCGUUUGCAUACGAUGGAUCACUUGAAGGCCAACUGAGCCGACCAUGGGGUGUUUGCGUUGACAAAGAUGGCAAUAUUAUCAUUGGUGAUCGUCGUAAUAAUCGUAUUCAGGUAUUUUAUCCGGAUGGACAAUUUAAAUUUUCAUUCGGUUCAAAGGGCUCAUUGGAUGGUGAAUUGGAAUUACCAGCCGGUGUUACGACCGAUCGUCAAAAUCGUAUCAUUGUCGCUGACAAAGAUAAUCAUCGUAUACAAAUUUUCUCAUCGACCGGUCGCUUCAUUCUGAAAUUUGGGUGCUAUGGCCGUGACCUUGGUGAAUUCCAAUAUCCGUGGGAUGUGGCAACCAAUUCGAAUGGUCACAUUCUGGUGACCGACACGCGCAAUCAUCGCAUUCAAAUGUUCACAUCGAUGGGACAUUUCAUCACAAAAUACUCAUUCGAAGCGUACUAUGAUCGACACCUAAAGAGCCACAUCACACCUAGAGGCAUUUGCUUUACGCCUGAAGGUGAUAUCUUAGUCACAGACUUUGAAAAUCAUCGCAUCAUGAAAAUGGAUGGCAAUUUAACCAUGGUGAAGCUAGUGCGUGGUCAUGAGGGUGAAGGCGAAGUGCAUGAAUUUAAUCGGCCAUCAGGCUUAUGCUGUGAUGACAAAGGUCAAGUUGUAAUAGCUGAUUCAAAGAAUCAACGCGUUCUGAUUUAUAAUACCGAUUUCGAGUUUCAAUGGAUGUUGGAUUUGCGUCGCACAUUAUCGGAGCUAAACAACGAAAAGGAUCGUCCGAGCGAUGUGGCAAUAUUACCUGAUGGUCGCAUCGUUGUACUGUUUGAAACGUCGCCAGACACAAAAGAUUUCCCGCAUCCGCUGAAAACCUUCGUUCAAAUUUACUAAAUUGAAAGAAAGCAAUAAUGAAAAUUCUAGUGUGUUUGUUACAAGACGAAUGACGAGAGGGUGGUAUUUUUUUUACAAAUGUAUUGACAUAUUAAUCGAUUCGCAAUCGACCAAUAUUUUUUUUAUAUCUCUAUAAUAUAUAGCUAUAUAUAUAUAUAUUUUGCGAUGACGAUGUAAGAUAUCAAAUGAAGAAACAAUUUAAGGACUUAACAAUGUUCUGUCAAAACACUGGAAAAAGCGAACAAAAUGCAAUGUUCAAGACUGACACGAUUAGAUAAGAACGAAGGAGAAAGACUGCAUUUAAUUAGAUAAAUUUUUGUAAUGAGAUUGAAGAGACUGAACAGUUAAUUAUAUAUAUCUAUGCUGUACAACUGAAACUGAAUGGACUAAAACUCACCGAUAUUUGUAGUAUAAAUUCUAGCGUGCUUUGAUUGAAUGUCAAUCGCAUAAUGAAAUUUCUUUUUUUUUCACUGUCAUGUUAUUGAACGUAGAUAAUAAUAUAUAUUUUUUUGUUAGGUUUAGCCAAAAUGAAUGGGAGAGACUUUGAAAGACCGAAAAAUAGCAAUCGAUAACAAUCAAUUUAGCAAUGUAUGAAUAUAAGAAAUUCUUAAAGUUCCUUCCGAGAGCAAGAUAACAGUUUGUUUUUUUUUGUGUAUAUCUAGAGGAGAAAUGACUGACAAUUUACUUUGCUACAGUGGAGGCCUUUGAGCAUUUAACGAAUUAUUUUCUAGAUAAAUUGUAUUACAAAUAAAUUUAUUCACAUUUUUUUCUGUACGCUAAGAUCGCUUAAGAUAAAAAAAACACACACACACACAUUUAACACGGGUAGCAUUUGAAUGUUAAGUUUCAUCGAUAUGAUUAUUUCGAAUCGAUAACAUACUCAUCGAAUUUCAAAGUGAAGAUAAUUCCAGAAAAAAAAAACUUAACAAAAUGCCAGCUAAUUAAGUAGAACAUUUUAUGAUUUAACAACUAAGUUUAAUACACCCAUAAAAACACACAUAUGCACAUACAAGCAAGUGUUGCAAUAUGCAUUUCACACACGAGUGAUUUAUGUAAAACAGAAAAAAGUAAGCACCAAAAAUCGGAAUGGUGUGUAAAAUUGAAAGAAUGUAUAAUCUGGAUGGAGAGAAUAACGACUAAAUUGUAUGCCGAAUUUUUGUGAUUUAUUUACACGUAGUUGGAAAGGAGGUUUUAAAUUUUUCUUUCGUUUAGUUCACAACCUCAGAAGAAAAAGAAAAAAAGAAGAUCGAUAGCAGUCUUUAAUUUUGAUUUAAUUUGCACUCAUUUACGAUUUUCAUUCUCUUAUUUUUUGUAAUUUUUUUUUUCUAAUUUGUCAUAUAUGAUUUAUAUUCAAAGUGCCAAUUGAUUGGAAAGUUUAUUGAAACUGCAAAGUUACCGAAAAUGAAACAAAGCAACAAAAACAUAUUGCAAUUUUCAAAAUGGAAUGUUAUGAACAAGAAUAUUGAUGGAAAAAAUAACGAGUAAUAAAUGGAAAAGAAAAUCUUGAUGCAAGGUUCAGCCAAACAAA